CUCUCAUCUCGCGAGACUGUGACGAAAGUCUGGGAGAGCUUGGACUGUAGGAGCGGAGGAGCUGAUCAUUUAAACGGCGAUCCGGGACUGCGGGCUGUGUUAUGAAAACCGGUCUGUCCCGCGAAAAGCGGGGCUGUUGGGCGGUGAAGUGGUAAAACUAAACUGAAUUCUCGGUUGCCUCAGCUUUUCAUUGGACAGAAGGAAACUUUAAGACUGGCCAGCUGGAUGAGCUUGUAUUUGGCUCCUUAGAUUGAAAUCUGUUUGUAUCAUGGGUCAGAAAGUCACAGGCGGUAUAAAGACGGUGGAUAUGAGGGACCCUGCAUAUAGACCUCUAAAGCAAGAUCUACAAGGGCUUGACUACUGUAAACCUGCAAGACUCGACCUUUUAUUGGAUAUGCCUCCGGUGUCCCAAGAAGUUCAGCUUCAGCACUCCUGGAAUAACAAUGACCGCUCGCUAAAUGUGUUUGUCAAAGAGGAGGACAAACUUGUUUUUCACCGGCAUCCGGUGGCACAAAGCACAGAUGCUAUUCGUGGCAAAAUUGGCUACACCCGUGGCUUGCAUGUUUGGGAGAUUACCUGGGUCAUGCGACAGCGAGGGACUCAUGCAGUUGUUGGUGUCGCUACAGUGGAUGCACCUCUUCAUUCUGUUGGCUAUACAACACUUAUAGGCAGUAAUGGCAAAUCCUGGGGCUGGGACCUGGGCAGGAAUAAACUAUAUCAUGAUGGGAAAAACCAACCAAGUAGAACAUACCCUGCAUUUCUGGAGCCUGACGAAACAUUCAUUGUCCCGGAUUCUUUCUUGGUGGUACUUGAUAUGGAUGAUGGCACACUUAGCUUUGUUGUGGAUGGACAAUACAUGGGAAUUGCUUUUCGAGGACUAAAGGGAAAAAAACUUUAUCCUGUUGUAAGUGCAGUGUGGGGUCACUGUGAAAUAAGGAUGCGAUACUUAAAUGGACUUGACCCCGAACCACUUCCACUGAUGGAUCUAUGUAGAAGAUCUGUUCGCCUUGCUUUGGGAAAAGACAGACUGAACGAAAUACAAGACCUUCCACUACCGGCUGCACUUAAAGGCUACCUACUUUACCACUGACCCAUGCACAGAUCUUCUGCCUAUAGUAAUCUAUACAGUACUAUGCAUUCUGACGCUCCAAUCCUUUCACCUACACUGCAUCACUCUCUGAUGAAGCGGUACGAUCUCAAAUGCGCAAAUGCAUGCUACGGACUACCAGUACCUCCAAGUUUUUGCCCUGGAGUUUUUUGUAUUUCCUAAUUGCACCUUUUCUGUGAAGGAUAUCUAGUAAUGCAACUAUUUUCCACGGGCCUAAUACAAAACAGGGUCACUUUUAAAUUUCUAAAUGGGAACCAUCCAAAUUCGGCAUUCUCAAAUUUUUUUUCUAUGUAUGUAACUGUCAAGAUUUGUAUGUUUGUCUGUCCAACAACAGAGGUGCCUCUAAAUAUUAAGUUCAAGACUGUGGCAAGGGCAUUUGACAUUUUACAAACAUUUUCUCAAUUGCCUUCUAGUUUAUUACAGUUUUCAACCUUUCCCUGUAGUUAUUAGAAAGCUAGGUGUGUUAAAAUUGAAUACAUUAGCCGAUGCAUUGCUGGGCAGCUUCAGCCCUUACUCAGCAUAGUUCCCAAGCUUUACUAUAGUCAGUCAUACAGUAAGUGUUCAUUGACAAACAUUGGCAUUUAGCUGCUGCUGUCAUUUAUCCACCUAAUGUUUUUUAAACCUAUAAUCAAGGGUAGUUGUAGUCCAGCAACAUCUGACUAGGUUAAGAAACUAGUUUAGAGGGUUGUGACCUAACUUGCAAAACUUACAUGAGAGGGAGUAAAGUAAAAUUCAUUUUAAAGCUAAAUAUUACAAAAACUUUCAACGGAAAGCAAUUUAAAAAUGUGUAGUGUUUAAAAACCUCCUUUUAGCCUCCAUCUUUUUAUGUUUUCGGUGUGUAAACGGAGUAACAGCCUUGUUGUUAUAUCCCUGCCUUGUAUAGGGCCAGUGGUGCACAACUGUAUAUAACCUUCUGUUUUCUGAAACCGUAAGAUGAAAAUAUUUUCUAUUCAUUAUUAAUGUUCCUGUUAUUUUCCUUUACAUCAUCAUAGUGCAUGGAACGCCCCUGCUGCUAAUUUGUCCGUUCAUAUGAGUGGGAUCUGUCUUACUAUUUGCCAAGCUUAAAUUUGUUACUGCAACUUUUUUUUCCUUUUUAAAGUCUCUGAACACCUGGAAUGAUCUCGAAAUAAAAGGUACAUGGAGUAAGUUGCAGCAUGCAGUCCAGCGCAGGACCAGUCAUUAGACCGAAGCAAUAAGAUGGCUCCCAUUCAUAUGUAAAAGAUAUAAUUGUGCAGAGAUGGGAUGUUUUUACACAGUUGGAAAUUAAAGGAAAAGCCCUAGUUAUUAAACACUUUACUGCCACCCUUUCUCUCCUCCAUAGCACCCCUUCCCCAUAAGCCACACCUACAGGGAGUGGAUUCUAGUAAGAAGCAGUGGCACUUGUUUAAAAUACAUAAACCCAGUUAAUGCAUCGGUUGAUAACCGCAGGUACUACAGUGAAUACUGGUUGGCAGAUUCCUAAAAAAAAUGUCUGUGGCCAUUCCCAGUUCUCAGGAACUUCUCCCAGAAACCAAAAUCUGUUGGAUACCUUUUUUUUAUUUUAUUUUUUUUGUUGUUUUGUUGUAUGAUGGGCCAUUUGUUCAAAAUGAAUUUAAAAUACAUUAACUUUUUAUGUACAGGUACAAUGGCUGGAUGUGACUUUUAAUGUUGAAUCAAUGUAAGUAGGAGUGUGAAUAUAUUUUAAUUGCUGCUGUAGGGUACUUUAAAGUCCAAGAAGACCUUCAUUCUUCUAAGGUGCACAGUGAUACUGAGGCUGUAAGGGUACGUCAGGUGCCAUCUUUUAUCUUCCCUGUAAGCUGUUUUCUUGCUGGAUUAGGACACUUGCAGUAUUGCACAAUUAGGGGGGAACUGUAAGGAAAAUAUAGUUGCUUCCUUUUAUUUUAUUUGUGCAAGUAGUCUCCCAACCUACAGAAAAGUGACUUAGUAUGUCUCCCUACUGUCGUCAACUUGUUUGUACAGUUUUAAUCUUUUUAUAAAAUAUGUAGAUAAAACAUGUGUAAUAAAGAAAUAGUUUAUUAAA